ACGAGGAACUAAGCAUCCCAGCUUACCGAUCGGCCUCAAAGCUCGCCUCCCAGUCCCUCCGGACCGCCCUUGGCUGGCCUACGCCCCUCCGGGAUCCCUUGAUUGACCCAGACGACCCAGUUCAGCCCCUCCCAGUCGCCUACGUCUUUGUUGGAACUCCUCCGCCCCCAGACCUCCCUCCAGACCCCCCAAGGCCCCCCACGCCCCCCCAGAGGGAAAUCGGGCAAUCUCUGGCCCGUCAACGGCUAGAACGGGUCCAAAAGACCCUUAGCGACCAAAAGGACCCCACGAGGGUCGCUACCCUGACGGAAAACGCGUCGUUUUUCGGUCGCCACUGGCUUAACGUCCUGCCUUCAUAAAAACCACUUCUUCUUGCGGACGGAGAGCUAGCUACGGCCCUGAAACUUCGAAUGCUCCUCGGAGGCGACCAAGAGCCCAUUUGCCCUUGCGGAAUAGAAAACACACCCUUCCACGCGGAGUCAUGCCGAACAAGGCAACGAGGGACCGCCACCCGCCAUGAUACGAUCCGAGGAGUCUUAGCGCGCGCCAUGCGCGUGGCUUACCCCUCGAGGACUAUCAAGGAGGAGCCUCCCUUUGACUCACGUGACCCCACUGGCCACCGCGCUGACAUCUCGGUCCUGGGCCCCCCUGGAGAGACCUUCUACGACCUCACCGUCGUCUCAGUCCACGCGAGCUCCGUCAAAGCUAGGCCGCCCCUUCAGGUCCUCGACGAGGCAGCCAAGGCCAAGAUUGCAAAGUAUCGGGCUCACGGUAAGGACUUCUUCCCCCUCGUUCUCUCCGUUGGCGGCCUCUGCGAGCUUAAAACGGCCAAGUUCUACCGGGACCUACAGAAGAACUACGUAGGGUCGAAUUUCUUAGACGGACAACUCUCUACUCUCUUAACACGGUAUCGAACCCGCCCUUACCUUCUUUUAAACUAAUUUCCUUUUCUUUUCAAAAAACUGUUUUCUUUUGAUCUUCUUCAAAAUCUACUGUAUAUAAAUCAAUCUGCCUCGUGUAUAUAAAAGCAAUCUAGACCAACCCGUCACCC